AUUGAGGAAAUACAAUCAUAUCAAGGGACACAACUUCUAAAAGACAUCAACCACGAGGCCAAAGUAGCUAAUUAGGGAAGUUAAUUAGGGAGGUUAAUUACCGAUCACCGAGUCGCUGUUUAUUUCUGAAUACGAAUAUCAGAUCAUGUUGACAUAAAAGAAAUCUUGUCGUUCAGAUGUGAUUUCGAUAUUUUUAUCAACUUUCAUCAACUAAAGGAAGACAAUAUAUUUAUAAGGAGCCUUCAUCAAUACAUCAACCUUUUUAUAUUGAUAUAAUCUAUGACAAACAACGGCAAAAUAUUUUUCUUGUCUUCACUGUCUGGAAUGUAGAGGAGGUGAUUGCUUUACAAGUUUGGAUAACUUUACGAAGGACCUGACAGUUUUCACCUGCUAAUUCAGAUAUUAAGUAAGAUCACAGCUGAAAAACAUAGCAUUAAAUUAUUCCCUGACAAUACUAACUGAACUGAACACAAACAUAUUCAUAGAAAAGAGAAAAAAACAAUAUCUUUGUGAUAUAUAUGACAAACUAUUCUCUCAGAAUGAAUAAUUUAAUAAAAUCUAAAAAUCCUGAUACCAGUGAGAAAUCAUAUUCCUGUGAUGUCUGUGGAAAAUCAUUCUCUCGAAGAACUCACUUGACCAUUCACAGAUGUAUUCAUAAUGGUGAAAAGCCAUAUCAGUGUGAUAUCUGUGGUAAUUCAUUCUCUUGUAAUAGUCAAUUGACUAAUCAUAAACGUAUUCAUACUGGAGAGAAGCCAUAUCAGUGUGAUAUUUGUGGUAAAUCAUUUUCUGAAACUUGCAAUUUAACUGUUCAUAAGCGUACACAUACAGGAGAGAGGCCAUAUCAUUGUGAUAUCUGUGGCAAAUCAUUCACUGCAAACAGUCAUUUUACUAAACACAAGCGCGUUCAUACAGGAGAGAAACCCUAUCGUUGUGAUAUUUGUGGAAAAUUAUUUUCUCAGAGAAGUCACUUGUCUGUUCACAAACGUACACAUACAGGAGAGAAGCCAUAUCAGUGUGAUAUCUGCGGUAAUUCAUUCUUUUGUAAUAGUCAGUUGACUACUCAUAGACGUAUUCAUACUGGUGAAAAACCGUAUGCCUGCGAUUUAUGUGAUAAAUCAUUUUCUCAAAUUAAUGCUUUAACUAGACACAAACGUGUUCAUAAUGGUGAGAAGCCAUAUCAUUGUGAUAUCUGUGGUAAAUCAUUAUCUGCAAACGGUAACUUGUCGAUUCACAAACGCAUUCAUACUGGGGAAAAACCAUAUCACUGUGAUAUCUGUGGUAAAUCAUUUUCUGAAAAUAGCACUUUAACUAAACACAAGCGUGUUCAUACAGGAGAGAAACCAUAUCGUUGUGAUAUCUGUGGCAAGUCUUUUUCUCUCAAUAGCGCUUUAACUAGUCACAAACAUAUUCACACAGGAGAGAAACCAUAUCAUUGUGAUACCUGUGGUAAAUCAUUCAUUGGAAGUGGUAACUUGACUGUCCAUAAACGUGUUCAUACAGGAGAGAAGCCAUAUCAUUGUGAUAUCUGUGGUAAAUCAUUCACUGUAAAAGGUGAUUUGACUCGACACAAGCGUAUUCAUACAGGCGAGAAGCCAUAUCAUUGUGAUGACUGGUAAUUUAUUUUCUUGUUAUAGUGAAUUGACUAAACUUAAACGUAUUUAUAGUGGGGAAAAGC